CCGCACAAGCCCACCCGACUGGGCUAACCCGAGUUGGCAAUACCUUUCGUUCCCAAGUCCGGGGCACCCGCUUCCCUCUAAUCUCGCAACCAUGGAGGAUUCCAAGGGGAGCGGUGGCGGCGAUACACCCGGCGCCGGCCCCAACCCUACCCCAAAUCAGCCUCCGCCGGCCGCCGCUUCCCGACCGGACGACGACGCCGCUGCGGUUGCUGCGGCGGCGGCCGCCCAGGCCGACGAUGAGGCGCGUCGCCCAUUCACGGCCCUCAGCCAGGUCGACGCGGACCUCGCCCUGGCGCGCGUCCUCCAGGAUCAGGAGCGGGCGUACAUGAUGCUGCGGAUGAACGGAGGGGGCGGCGGCGAGGGCAGCGAUUACGGGAGCUCGGAGGCCGGGAGCUACGAGUACGACGACGACGAGGAUGCGGAGGACUACGAGGAGGACCUGGAGCACCACCUCCGCGUCCACCACCACGAGCACCCGGCUGGAGCCGAGGGUGAUGGGGACGAGGAUGUUGAGGGCGAGGGCCGGGGUGAGGGCGAGGGCGAGGACUCUGGCUCUGAGGAGAGCGAGUACGAGGAGGAGGGGUUCGAUGAGGAUGAGGAGGUGGAGCCAGAGCUAGACCCUGCGGAGUACGAGGACGAUGAGGCUUACGCGCGAGCGCUGCAGGAUGCCGAGGAGCGUGAGGUUGCCGCGCGCCUUUUGGCUCUCGCUGGGAUCAGCGAGUGGCGAGCGGUGGAGCACGUAGAGGAUCACGUGAACGAUGCGCAGGAUUCAUGGCAGGAGGUUGAUCCAGAUGAGUACUCUUAUGAGGAACUAGUUGCAUUGGGCGAAGUAGUUGGUACAGAAAGCAGAGGUCUCUCUGCUGAUACACUUGCUUCCUUACCUUCAGUAACUCACAAGACAAAGGAUGUGCAAGAUGGCAACACUGAGCAAUGUGUAAUUUGCCGCGUGGAAUUUGAGGAUGGUGAAUCUUUGGUUGCACUUCCCUGCAAGCAUUCAUACCAUCCUGAGUGCAUAAACCAGUGGCUUCAAAUAAAUAAGGUAUGUCCUAUGUGUAGCGCAGAAGUUUCUACCUCAGAAAGCAAGCAGGCGUGACCAGCAUGUGUAAUGUUAAAAAAAAGCAUCAGAAACUUGUCCAAAUUUGCGCAAGGACAAGGAAAUUAGCCCAUAUGUUUUUAGUCUUCAGGCCUCUCUCCUAGCCCUUUCUUUGCCUUGCCGCAAUGCUGUGUAUUUCCUUGCUGUUUUAUGAUCCACAGGUGUACACUAGUUAUAUUAUAUUGUGGACAAUUCUUUC